AUGGAUGAAGAGCUUUAUCCAGCUGAUUCAACUGAUAAUUACUCAUAUGAAUACUCCAUUGAAAGCAACAUCUGUGAAAUGGGUGAUUAUUUCAUACUUUACACCCAUCUCACUACUGUCCUCUACCCUCUGGUGUUUUUGCUCAGCCUGCUAGGAAAUACUUUAGUGUUAUGGAUCCUAUUCAAAUAUGAAAACCUUACAUCUUUAACCAACAUCUUCAUCAUGAAUCUCUGUGUCUCUGAUUUAGUCUUCUCCUGUAUGCUGCCUUUCUGGGUAGUGGACCAGUCCUUCGGAUGGAUUUUUGGUGAGUUCCUCUGCAAAGCGGUGAAUGCCAUUUUCUCCACUGGCUACUAUAGUGGAGUUUUCUUUUUGACUCUCAUGACUAUCCUGCGGUACUUGUUUGUAGUGAACCCCCUUUCAAAUUUGAGAUCCCAGACACAGUGCUAUGGUUUUCUGGUGAGCUUGAUUGUUUGGACUGUUAGCAUAUUAAUUGUGGUUCCAGAGGUGAUUCACACCACAGUUGAAGAAGGAUUGGAAGAGGGCUGGAAAUGCGAUACUGACUGGAAAUGGAAAAAAGUGGACAUUUAUCUGAGAAAUGUACUCUUCCUGCUUUCCUUUGGAGUCAUUGUAUUCUGUUACUUCAAGAUACUCAUAAUCCUGCUCAGAGCAAGAUCUCGCAGAAAGCACAGAACUGUGAAACUCAUCCUCAUUAUUGUGGUGGCUUUUUUCCUGUGCUGGGCACCUUACAACAUCCUCAGCUUUCUAAUUACUUUUCCAUCACCUACCUGUCAGUAUCAAAAAGACUCCCACCUUGCCUUUUAUAUCAGCCGUAUAAUUGCUUUCUCCCACUGCUGCCUCAACCCUGUGCUCUAUAUAUUUAUCGGAGUCAAGUUCAAGAGGCAUUUGGCACAUAUAUGCAGUCAUUGUGUACCCUGCAGCAACGGUCAAGUCUCCAGCCCCAGGAUCUGCUCUGCAGGCAGAUUCCAGUAUGAAGGUGCAUCCUUCUACUGA